GUCGCCCGUAGACCGGCCGGUAUAUAUAGAGCAUUGCCUGCGUCAUGGACCACAUUCGAACUCCAAACAUCUUCGACAUGUACGCAAAGGUAACCUUAAUGUGCUUGGCAGCCGUGGCUCUGGCCCGCCCUGACAAGCCUGCCCCUGCUGGGUAUGGAUACGCCCCACCGACUCCAGCGUACGCCCCACCUCAGCCCUCCUAUUCAGCCCCUCAGCCCUCUUACUCAGCUCCAGCCCCAUCUUACGAAAAACAUGAGGAGGGAAUGCCCUUCGACUUCGAGUACGCCGUCAAGGACCACUACAAGGGCGUCGACUUCGACCACAACGCCAACUCGGACGGCAAGGUCGUCAACGGUCAGUACCGAGUCGUCCUCCCCGACGGUCGCACUCAGAUCGUCACUUACACCGCCGACCACUACAACGGGUACCAGGCUGAGGUCACUUACGAGGGCGAGGCACAGUACCCAGAACCCAAGCCCUACAAGCCAGCUCCUUCGUACAAUGCCCCAGCUCCUACUUACGAGCAACCCAAACCGCAAUACGGUCCUCCUCAAUACUAGUAAACCGACUUCUUCCCCCAUUAAUGCCGAUUAUAUUUAUGUCUGAAUAUCUUUAUUAAAUAAUACCGUGACGAAAACCUGUGUUUA